AUCACGUGACAUGUAUCUACCAGGUUAACAGACGAUCAUUACGCGAUUAAUCAAUGUGUAUUGGGUAUUUGGGUCACAUUAAUUUUUACGGAUAUUGUUUAGUAAAAUUUGAGUUUGUGAGCUACAUACACUUACAGUAUGUGAUGUAAAGCAUUUGUAUCUAGGAGACCGAGGUACCAGUGACUAUAUUAAGAUUUUUGCGUCUGCUAGUAGGACUAUUUUUAACGGCGGAUGCAUAUUCAGAACAGGUGCUUGAUUAAUUUGACAGAAAUGGCGGAUACACCGAAGGAUUAGUUGCAACAAUACACAAAUCAGUGCCUUUCUCAACUGUCGAGCCCCGAUGUAGCCCCUUCAAGAUUAUCAAGUAAUGAAGGGACUACCCCGUUUGUAUUUCGUUACAUAAUGGGCUGCGCAAACGGUAAGUUAGAGCCGGAGGCACCGUCGACUGGUCACCUGGUCGAGACGGUCUAUGGGGGUCACAGGACGGGAACUCGAGUAGGCGGAACUGGCACAAACGUGGCCUACACGAACGCCCAGAACCGCCAGAUGAACGGGAAGACUAAGGGCGGCGUGGCUCCUCCGCCCGACGGUGGCCAGCCCAAAACAAACAAAAAGGUGAAAAAGUACAGGGACAAGUUUGACCCACGCGUGACGGCCAAAUACGACAUUAAAGCUCUUAUAGGCCGGGGAAGCUUCAGUCGCGUAGUGCGUGUGGAGAAUAGACUCACAAAGCAGCCGUAUGCGAUCAAAAUGAUCGAUCGGGUGCAAGGAAAGGAAGUAUUCGAGUCAGAACUAAAAGUAUUAAGACGGGUCAAACACCAGUACAUAAUUCAGCUGGUGGAAGUGUUUGAAACGAAGGAUAAAGUGUACAUGGUGAUGGAGCUGGCAACUGGGGGCGAGCUUUUCGAUAGAAUUAUUGCAAAAGGUAGUUUUACGGAGCGGGAUGCAACCAGGGUGUUACAGAUGGUUUUGGAAGGGGUGGAGUAUUUGCACGGACUGGGAAUAGCCCAUAGAGAUCUAAAACCUGAGAAUCUCCUAUAUUAUCAUCCUGGACACGAUUCCAAAAUAAUGAUUACUGAUUUUGGAUUGAGUGCGACUGUUAAAGGCGAGAGCAUGAUGCGGACAACUUGUGGUACGCCUGAAUAUAUUGCACCGGAAAUACUGGCACGAAAACCAUACACUGUUCAGGUGGAUGUGUGGGCAAUUGGAGUUAUAACGUACAUUCUACUAAGUGGAACUAUGCCAUUUGAUGAUGAGAAUCGAACGCGGCUUUACAGACUUAUUCUCAAGGCAAAAUAUAGCUAUGCAGGAGAGCAUUGGAAAGAGGUAUCAGAUCUCGCCAAGAACUUUAUCAACCGCUGUCUAGUCAUAUCUGCGAGCGAGCGUAUCACGGCCUCUGAGACACUUAAACACCCCUGGAUUGUUAGCAUGGCUGCCAGCGCGAGCAACAAGAACCUCCAUCGCACCAUCAGCCACAACCUGCUGCAGCGCCAGUCUACGCGGUCCCGCGCUAACAGCACCAAGAGCUCUAAGUCGAACCGAUCGACGAAGUCAAACAAGUCGAAUCGAUCGUUGCACUCGGAGCAUCGUCGAGUGCAGCAGGAAGAGAUCGAAGCCUUGCUACGCGACCCAGAAGUCCAGGCAGAUUUGAAGUCACUUGGGGACGCUAACCACUGAGGUCAAGCUUGUUCCUCCCCUCUAACUGAUAAAGGUGUUGAUUUCUCUUCAUAACUCAUAAGGUCGUACAGUCAUUUUUGAUUGGUUGGCCUGAUGAGAGAUAUGUACAAAAUUAAAAACGAGUGAAAUCUUCUGGGAUAAUUUAAAUUGUUUAUAUACAAAGUGCUUGAGAAUAUCAGACAAUUUUUCGAAAACAUAUUGUCCUUGAUAGUGCUGUUACAACUGCUGUGUAUGUUUUGGAGAAUUGACUUGGCCAAUGAAAUGGUUCGAGUUUGACUCCAGUGUCAAGUGUAUGUCUGUAAUUUUUGUAAACUCCGCAGGGAUAUUAUGUGUAUAAUGUCGUCAAUGAGUUAUUCAAUUAUUUCUAUUUGUUUGUACUGAAGUAAACAAGGAUCCAUCAUAAAAAGGCAAAAGCAAAAAAAACUCACACAAGUUCAUUUCCUAUUUUUCUGUGCAUAUUUCACUCAUGUUUCAUUUAAUUUUUCAUAUCAGCAGUUUAAUAUUUAAACAUGUACAAUUUGGCUACCUCGCAUCAAAUCAAUUUAUUGUUGAGGAAAACAUUUGUUUGGGUCAAUGAUGAACAGGAAGGAACUUUUACUAAGGAAAAAUACAACAUGAGGGAACUUGUUCAUAUUAAACUUUCUACUAACGUAACUUCUUUACAGGAAUUGUACUAUUUUUUUGUUAUAUUCAUACACAAGUAAUAACCAAUCUGUUCAAAAGGUUUCUGCCUUACAAGCAGUGAUUUUAUAUUAUAAUAACUAUGUUUGUAUAAAAGUUUUAAUUGUUCAUCAUGUCCAUAAAACAUUGACUUGUAAUUGAGCCUUCCCUCAAAAACAGGGCUAAAUGCAUGAGCGUACAGCCAUGCUCUGCGAAAACAGGGCUUUAUGCAUGAGCGUACAGCCACGCUCUACGAAAACAGGGCUUAAUGCAUGAGCGUAAAGCCACGCUCUGGGAAAACAGGGCUUAAUGCAUGAGUGAAAAGCCACGCUCUGGGAAAACAGGGCUUAAUGCAUGAGUGUAAAGCCACGCUCUGGGAAAACAGGGCUUAAUGCAUGAGUGUAAAGCCACGCUCUGGGAAAACAGGGCUUAAUGCAUGAGUGUAAAGCCACGCUCUGGGAAAACAGGGCUUAAUGUAGGAGUGUAAAGCCACGCUCUGGGAAAACAGGGCUUAAUGCAGGAGCAUACAGCCAUGCUCUGCAAAAACAGGGCUUUAUGCAUGAGCGUACAGCCACGCUUUACGAAAACAGGGCUUAAUGCAUGAGUGUAAAGCCACGCUCUGGGAAAACAGGGCUUAAUACAUAAGGGUACAGCCAUGCUCUGUGUCUUUAUUAAUGUGCAUAAAGUUUUGUCAAAGUUAAGCCUGUGCAGUCUGCACUGGCUAAUCAGGGACAACACUUUCUAAUCUUUUUGGGUUGUUUUAUUGAUAGGAUUAUUUUAAGCAAAAAUCCAUUUUAAGCUGAAAGUGUUGUCCCUGAUUUGCUUGUGCACACUGCAGAGGCUAAUCUGGAACAACAGUUUACACACAUACAUUAAGACCUGUUUUCCCAGAGCACAGCUAAAAUGUAAUUCAAUACUUGGACAAAACCCUGCACCUAGUAAACAUUGGUCAAUUCUACUGCUUGUUGUAUUCACUUGUUGAACAUUUUGAGUUUUGUUGUUCAUGAUUGAUCUUUCACUCGUUUGUUAUAGGUGAUAUUUUGAAGAUUCAGUGCCAACUACUUUUAUUUUUGUACUUGUUGUGUAUAAAAAUGUAGAGAACAUAUUGUUGAGGAUUUGUUGAUGUAUAUCUUUGUACGUGUUUCUGUCAUUUUUUAGUUUGUUUAGUCCACUAUAUUGUAAUUGAGAAACAGGGGACUUUGGGUAUUAACAACAUAUAAUUUUGUUAUUCACAUGUUUUUUUUAUAAAUGAUCUGUAAGCAUUUUAAAGGUUAAUUGAUUAUUCUUUUUACAUAGUUUUUGACUGUUAGUUGCAACCAAAGAUCUGUCGUUGGCAUUGUUUUGUUUCGCCUUGUAUAAUACCAGUCUGUAAUAUCCGUCCAAUUUCAGAAAUAUUUACAUCUAUUUUGUUUCGUUAUAUAGAUCCGUCCAUUAUGUUGAUAACAUUAUUCAUUCAUAUGUAUUUAUGUCGUUUUUAAAUGCAUUCAUUGUUAAUAUAAGUUUACAUUUACAUGUACCAUGUAGUCAUGAAAUGGCAACACAAUUUAAUUUAACUCGUUCAGGAAUUUUGUUUUUAUUACAUAUAUAUAUGAUGACUAUAUUACAAGUUUGGUAAAAAAAAUCAACUCAUGACUUGUUAUUGUAAAAAAUACAUUACCAAAUGUUAAUGCCUAGAGAAUGUUUCCAAAUUGCUUUAGACAAACUGCCAAUCGGGGAUUAAUUAUUUCACCUUUGGGAAUUGAUUUUAAUAUUUGCUUUAAAUCAAAUAGUCGAUAAUCCCUCUUUUCAUAAGUUAGGUCUGUGACCUAAAUUGGCACCUGACAACUAACUUAGUUUUAUGAUACGCAGUUGGGAAGCCAGAAAUGUAAAGUUUGUGAGAAUUGUUAAAUUACAUGAAAAUAGAAACUCUCUGAAUGUCUUGGGAAAUUUUAGUAUUGCCUUAUAUUUUGUAGUUGUUGAUCAUUCUGUUACGUUGUUUUUUUCCAUGAUGCAAGAAGAAAACCAUGUCAGUUCAUGUUGUUCUUUUUGUUAUUCCUUGUUAGUUUGAAGGAUAUUAAUAUUAUUAUUAUUAUUUUAUUGAGAGGAUUCAAUUGUUAGUGUCACCUUCUGUUCUGCAGAUAAGAAAAUGUUCAGUACAAAAUGUCCUCUUCUUUUCAAAUAAGGAAAAAAACAAUGUUUCACAUAAAAUUUACUGUAUCAAUCAUAUACAUCCAGUGGUUUCAUAAAUUCAAACAAACAAGUGUAAAAAUAUCAGUAUGAAAAUUGGGGGGGGGGUCAUAAUUGAUUUUUAAAGAAAUGUAUUUAACAACAAUGUGAUAUGUCCUAAACAUGCAGUUUUAAAUAGGUGGAAUGCUGCAGGUAAACCAUGCAAGUUACAUAUACAAUAAUACAACAGAUCUGUUUUUCAAGCACUCCACUUCGAUCUUAAGUAAGGAGCUUAUAGUGUUGCCUACCAAGUGUACAAAGUAGUUAUGCAAACAUUUAAACAAAUUUAAAACCCGCUCGAGUACCCAAAUAAUUAUCAAAAGCUAUUGUGUGUGCUGUAGAUAAACUCUGGCUUCUACAAAAGAUCUUGUCAAUUAUCUCAACCCACCCAAUACAGAGGAUUUUAGUAAACACGCUCGCCGCCUACUUAUCCCUUCUUUUAUGUCUUCGAAAACAAUUGUUGUAAAUGUGCUAUUAGUAUUAUAAUUGGUAAAAUUUUGUUACAUGCAUCUGCAAUAUGAAUAUUUGUUUGCUAAGCAUAGUGUUUGCAAAUGUGCAAAUAGAAUUUAUUUUACUUCUAUAAAGUGACAUCUUCCUCUUGCAUAUCUUAAUGCUUAAUACACUGUAACUCCAAUAUUAUGACAUACUGUAGACAAAUUUUAAAUGUGUUUGAGGUUAUUUUUUUCCCCAUCGUUUGACAUUCAUUAUUUCCAUGCACAACAUUUUAAUAAAAAAGAAAGCCAAUAAAAUUGCUACGAAAUAAAUGAAAUUAAAUAUAUGCAUUUAAAGUGCCUGAUUUUAGUGCUUUCUUUCGUAAUAUUUCAGCAGUAUUAUAAGUUUAAAUUUAUUUUACUUCUCAUCCAAAACUAUUAUCCCUUUACGGAUCAAGGCUUAAAAUUGGAUUUUCAUGCACCCAAUCUCCUCUAGGGCUUUUUUUGUAAUCGGUUGAACAUUUGUAACACUUUGAAAAGGGCUUAAAGCUUUCUUAACAUUUACAAUUGGUAAGCUGCACUGUAUUUUCUUAACUACUUUUGAGUAUUUGGCACUCUUUUCACGGGUUUAGACAUUACAUAUUACUGGUGUACAUGAAGUUUUGUAUUUAAUGAGCGCUGUCUAGGAAAAUGGGGCUUAAUGCAUGUGCGUAAAGUGUCAUCCCGGAUUGACCUCACAUGCUUAUCUAGGACAACACUUACCACAUGCAUAAGCCCCAUUUUCUCUGAGUGAAGCUCUAAGUCAAUUGUUAUUGAAACACACGCAAGGUCAUUCUUUUGUUCAGUUGCAAGUGUUUGUCAGUUCAGUAAAUUUUGUAACUGCAUGGCCAGUGUUAGGAUAUUUUUUUCAUAAAUAUAAUCUAAAGAAAUUAAUGUUUAACAAGGUUAUGCUAAUAUUUGAAUGCAUUUAUAAACUAUUUGAGUCAACUGUUAAAACAACUGUAUACAUGUACAAGUGUUUUUACAUUUGCUAGCAUUAUCUGAUAGAACAUGUAGUAUUUUGAUCAAUUAAAUAAUAACCCAUAUGUUAACUUGCUAACAUUUUAAGACUAAAUAUAUUACGUAUUAUUGUCUAAAUUAUGUUAAUUUACUUCAGAUAAAAGUAUGUAAAUGUAUUUUGUUUUAUCUUCAAGGAAUUCUGUUGUUACCACUUGUUUCGACAUGGUUACUGUCUUUCUCACUUGUUAAGUAAUGACACUAAGAAUUCAGAAUGUUUGUCAUAUAAAUAAAGCCAGGGCCAGUAUUUAUAAAGAAUUGUAUCUUUUAAUGAAAAUGUAAAUGUCGAAUUAUGGAAUUUCUCAAAUUUGUUCAGGAAGUUUUCACCGAAGUAAAAUAUGUUGAAAUGCAUUAUUUGCAGAAGUUUCAAUAUAAUACCAAUCAUAAAAAUAGUUUUUCCAAAAAAUGCUUAUUUUGACUUCAAUAUUUAACUUGAAUUAAAACAACUGAUACUCUUUUUAAAUAUGGUACCUGAAAAUUCUGUGCUAACAUACAGUGCUUACAUACAGUGCUAUCUUAAUCUAUACCUGCUAAAACAUGUGCUAUGCAGAAGCAAUAGCUUAAUGCAUCUGAAAUGAUAAACUGUAUUCUCGUAUUAAAAUGUAACACCAUUACCUCGUUCCUUUCUCUUCUAGGCUUUUUUAAUGAGCUCAUUUGAGUGUAAAUGAUGUCAUUUAUUCAGUUCUGUUUGUAAACAUGCGAGCAGCAAAGAUCACAUCACUGUUCUCUGACAGCAGCAGAGAUCACAUCACUGUUCUCUGAGAGCAGCAGAGAUCACAUCACUGUUCUCUGAGAGCAGCAGAGAUCACAUCACUGUUCUCUGAGAGCAGCAGAGAUCACAUCACUGUUCUCUGAGAGCAGUAUUGUAAAUGAACCUCGCUCUUGGAACAUGGGGCUUAAUGCAUGUUCUUAUUUUACCGGUCCAGAUUAGCCUGUGUGAACUGCAUAAGGGACAACACAAGGCACAUGCAUUAAGCCCUGUUUUCCUAGAAAAAGGCUCAGACUAUGGAAGUGCUAUUAUGUUAUCUCUUACUGAUGUCUCACAGUCUGUCACCAUUGCAUGCUCACUCUCUGUAAUUCAUGUCGGUUUUUGGAUAAUUAUUAUAAAAGUAGAUGUUAAUACAUGUAAUUUAAACACA